GUGACGGAGACGGAGGCAAAGCCGGGCAGAAAGGCGGAAAAGGCGAACCUGCUGCCGGUCGAGGUGAUGGCGGAAAAGGCGCCAAAGGCGGUGAUAGCGGAAAAGGUGCCAAAGGUGAUGCCGGUCGCCCCUGGCCAUGGGAACGUCGCGCGCCGCGCAACAUUCAGGCCGACGCAGCACAUGAAAGCCGUCGAGCGGCAGCUGCUGCAGCACUUCCUCUCCAAGAUGCCGGUCGCAUGUCGGCCUGACUACCCCGAGAACCCCGACAACGACGAUGCUCGGCCGUCGAAUGACCCUGGCCCGCCGGUCGCAGGAACAACAGGACUUCGAGAAGUCCAAACGAAGGUCCUAGCGAGCUCCCCAGCUGUGUUCAUGGUCCUCCGACACCUGGCUGUGGACUGGGCCAGCUGGGCCGAGCCUUGA